UAACGGCAGAGCCGCCUCGCGCUCUAUUUCUUCUUCUCUUUCUUCCUCCAUCAUCCCCGCUUUUCAGGCAGAGAGGACCAGCAUCCCCUCCAUCCUCCUCAUCCUCCUCCCCGGGUUGUGCGUGUCCGCCCGGCGCUGCUGCACCAUCCCUAUCAAUAACAUGGAAAUACAAAGCGGCUGUUCCUCCAUCUAGACGCGAAGUGUCACCUCAUUGAGUCAAGACGGGGGGCACAAUGAGUGAAGAGCCAGCGGUCACCCCCAGCUGGCUCACCCCGGACCCCACAGCCUGGGCCAGCGGAGGCGGGGGCCCAACAGAUAACAGCACCAGCCUGGGGACAUUCCCACCGGAACCCCUGACGCCCAGCCAGCUCCCCCUGCUGGUCAACCCGUGGGACAUCGUUCUGUGCUCUUCGGGUACUCUGAUCGCCUGCGAGAACGCCCUGGUGGUGCUGGUGAUCUGGCAGAACCCGGCGCUCAGAGCUCCCAUGUUCCUGCUGAUCGGCAGCCUGGCGCUGGCCGACCUGCUGGCCGGCCUGGGUCUGGUGCUGCACUUCACCUGUGCCUACCUGGUGCGCUCAGACUCGGCCCAGCUGCUGACUGUGGGUCUGGUGGUGGCCUCCUUCUCGGCGUCUGUCUUCAGCCUGCUGGCGAUCACGAUAGACCGCUACCUGUCUCUGUAUUACGCCCUCACCUACAACUCAGAGCGGACGGCGGCCUUCACCUACACCAUGCUGGUGCUGCUGUGGGGGCUGUCGCUGUGUCUAGGCCUGCUGCCGGUCACAGGGGUCAACUGCCUGGCGGAGGAGGUGACCUGCAGCGUGGUGCGGCCGCUCACGAAGAACAACAUCGCCGUGCUGUCCGUCUCAUUCCUGCUGCUCUUCGGCCUCAUGCUGCAACUCUACGUCCAGAUCUGCAAGAUCGUGAUGCGCCACGCUCACCAGAUCGCCCUCCAGCACCACUUCCUGGCUGCCACGCCCCACUACGUCACAACACGGAAAGGCGUGUCCACUUUAGCGAUCAUCCUAGGUACUUUUGCUGCCUGCUGGAUGCCAUUCACAGUCUACUCCCUCAUCGCUGACUACACCUACCCACCACUCUACACCUACGCCACCCUGGUGCCUGCCACGUAUAAUUCUGUUAUUAACCCGGUCAUUUACGCCUUCAGGAACCAGGAGAUCCAGAAGGCGCUGUGGCUUGUGUGCUGCGGCUGUGUGCCAGCCAGUGUGGCCCACCGUGCGAGGACCCCUAGUGACGUGUGAGCGAGCAGACCCAGGUGGGAAAAGAGAGGCACCCUGGGUCAGCUCUGCUCCUCACUGGAUGUGUCUGGUGUCAAAGCGAGCAGCAGCAGAGGAGGUCAGGGGGCGGUGCAGAAGGCUGUGGCUGCGGUCCUGGCUGGAGAUGUUUCUGGAAGAGGCGGUUUGGUUAGAAAUCCACAGUCCGCCUUGAUUGAUUAUUUUUCUUUGUUCAAUCACCAUAGGGCACAGCAUCUCACUGUCUUCCUCAGCAAAGGCGGCCUGAGCGCGAGCAGCAUCCCGCCCCCUCCCGUUCAACUCGUGCCACGCCCUUCCUCUGUUUCUGCAGAGCGCGCUGAGUGCGUCACGUGUUCCAGGCAGCAGCUGUAUAUAGACUGUGCAUUUGGUUAACAGCACGGGAGCUUUGGUUGACACGUGCUUGUUUUCCCCUCAAACAGGGAGGGGAUUAUUAGUUUGCUCCGCUGUGCGUGCGUGCGUGCGUAAAAGCGCGCGGCAGAUUAACAAAACAGUGUGUGCGGAGGAGAGGAGAGGAGAGGGCGGACACGUCUGAAUACGCAGGCUUUUCCACAUAAAGCCCGUCUGGAGCAGCAGCAUCCCGGCGCUCUGCUGCUGCACUCUGAACGUGCGUCGAAAGCUAAACAGGCGCGGGGAGCUAAAAAUAGACCCGGCGCUCUGUGAUCCGCGCCCUGCGUCCUCUCUACAGACACCGAGAGAGAAAUCAAGACGUUUCUUCUACUUCUUCUUCCCUUUCUCCCCCUUUGCCUGUCUCAAUCUCCCCUGUCUUCUUUUUCUCCAUGGAUUGUGCGUGAAUGUGUCUAAAUUGGGCUAGCGUCUUGGAGGCUCAAGAUUGAAACCCCAUGAGACCCCCCACCAUUACCCCGUCCUCCAUUUUUUAUGAUUAACAGAGGCACCAAACCGAAUAUAAGCCUGUCGGAUUAUGUAACCACAAUGUAACCCCCUCUUUUUAUUUUGUUUUAUUUUUGAGUAGAUUACUUGUGACUUUUUGAAUGUGAGAUUAUUCAAAUUGAGAUAAUAUUCCCUUUUUUAAAUCACUGCUUUUAAGAAAGUCCCACCUAUUUGAAUGAAAUCUAAUGGAAACCACUUAAAACAUCAACACAAAGUUACCAGAGUAAUUCACUUUUGUAAAUGUUUACCAAUCUGAAUGUAUUUCUAUUCAUCUGACCACUUCGGCUCAUGGGAGCCUCACACCAACCGCUUCAUAUCGGAUCUGCAUGCUAGACUUGGUUGUAAUUUGCAUGCAACAAGCACAGAUCUCCUAUUCCCCCUCUGAGUUCAGUGCAAUAGGUCACAGUGAAGGUUCCCUGACGUCAUCAUGAGCCUAUAUCUUAUGAACCACAAGAAAACCUCAUAUUUAUCACAUUUAAUGAGCUACAGUCCUUUUUGGAUGUCUGCAAGAGUUGCACUCUUUUUUUAAAAAGUAUUUUUCAAAAGGUUUUCUGUGUAUGUUUAACAUUUGAGGCAUUCUGAUUGCAUCACUCAUGAUUAAAGCUCCUGUGGGGAACUUGUGGUCUGGUGCCCCCUGUUGGUUAAAUGUUUCUGUUCUGUUCAUGCUAAAGUUGUGUUUACUGCGGGCUGUCUUUCAAUAAUUUAACAUAUCACUUACUGUGAAUCGUUGCAGGGAAAAAUGUUUUUAGAUAGUCUGACACCUACCCUGCGGCAGUAGCAGUUUACAGGCGUAUAAAUGAACCGUGUAGAGCAGGGGUGUCAAACUCAAUCACAGAAGGGGCCGGAUUCUGAAUCACAGUCUAACCUCAGGGCCUAAC